AGGGUGAGCUUGUUUACUACCAUUAUAAAUGUCUGUUAUUCGCACGUCGAAGCUGUUGGAGGCGAUGGACGAUACUCCUAUUGAGGACAUACGGAACAUAUGCAUCAUAGCUCACGUAGAUCAUGGGAAGACGACAUUGUCGGAUUAUUUAUUGGCUAGUAAUAGGAUAAUAUCACCAAAACAAGUGGAGGAGGGAACCAAGACAGGCGAGGCGGUGCGGUAUUUGGAUAGCCGCGAGGAUGAGGCACGUCGAAUGAUCACCAUUGCGAGUAGUUGUGUUACUCUAUUGGAUGAUGAAGGACAUCUCUUCAAUUUGGUGGAUUCGCCUGGGCAUUUGGACUUCAGUGCAGAAGUAUCAUCAGCGUCGAGGCUGACAGAUGGCUGUCUAUUGCUUGUGGACUGUGUGGAAGGGGUACGACCUCAAACCCGUCAUGUGAUGCGGCAAGCAUUCGAGGACAGAGUUCAGCCAUUGCUAGUCCUGAACAAGUUGGACCGAUUAGCAGCUCUCUAUCCCGACCCGGAAGAUGCUUUCCAGCGAAUUCGUAGUAUUAUAGAGGAUGUUAAUAUGCACUUUCUGAACUUGGUGGAGUCGGACAAGGAGGCCAAGGGACUGGAUGAGAUAGAUCCUCAGGAUGAAGCAAUGUAUGGCAGUUUCGAUCCUACCAAUAAUAAUGUUUUAUUCGCAUCAGCUCUACACGGAUGGGCGUUCGAUCUUCGAGCGUGGGUGGAUAAAUUGCUGCUACGGAAACUGAAGAUGUCGAAAGUGGUUGAUUCGGAAUGCACAGCGGAUGAUGUUGUGAAGUAUUUAUGGGGAGACUACUGUCUGAAGAAGAAGGGCUUCGAGGCUCUCGAAGGUGCAGUGACGGGGAGUCGCACCUUCAUCAAGUUGGUGUUGGAAAACAUAUGGAAGUUGUAUGAACAGGAUGCUGAUAUGGGUCGCGAGAAAUUAUCUAGUCAGUUUCCAUUGAGUCAGCAGAUCUUCCGAUCGUGCAUCAAUAAGUUGCCGAAUCCAGUGGAGUCAGCGCAAAGGAGGAUGAAGACCUUGGCGCCGGGUCUUUGGACGGAAGGUGGACUUUCCUCGGAUGAAGUGAAGCUGUAUGAAGAUUCGCUCACUUCAAAUCCUCGUGGCGAUGAUGCACCGACUGUGGCUUUCGUAUCGAAGUUCCAAGCAGCUGAUCUACGAUUGGGUUGCCUGAUAGGAGAUAAAGUUGACACUUUCCGAGAGCUCAACGGUUUUGUGGCGAUGACUCGAAUAUUUUCUGGUGAAGUACGGGUUGGUCAGCAGCUCUAUGUGCUGAGGGAUGCUACGGGCGAAGGACAGAAGCAAGUGGAGAAAGAUGAGUCAGAUGCUCCCGAUGGUAUAACCGUGACUGUUACUAGUAUUUAUGCGGUAUUGGCAAGCUCAUUGGUGCCAGCGGAGCAAGCGAAAGCUGGCUGCAUCGUAGGCCUAGUAUUACACGGCUCAGAUGAGGUUGUUGAUCCCAGCAAUCCGGAUGCGCUCGAGGCCGCCAAGCGGUCGGCAUGCAGUGGGGUGACGCUAUCAAGCGCGAGGGAUAUGCCACCGUUCGUCAGUCCAUUCGAGGGACAACAGAGCAUUGUUCGAGUGUCGGUGUCACCAGUCCGAUUGGAGGAUACAGAUGCUCUCACAUUGGGAUUGAUUCGUUUAAAGCAGGCUGACCCAGCUGCUAGUGUGGCGCGGAAUCCAGACACAGGAGAACUGCUCGUUGGAUGCUGCGGCGAUGAGCACCUGCAUCGUUGUGUUGGCAUUCGGUUGAAGGAUGCUAAUGGUGAAGGUCAUAAGUCAUUCGCUGAUGAGCUGCGAGGAGCCGCUAAAGGAAAGGUUCUCUGGAGGCUAUCUUUCAGUCAUUGGAGGGUUCUUCGAGGAGGGAAGAUUGACGACUAUGAUCAGUGCCCUCUGUAUGAGUUGUGCAUGACGCGUGAACGCCUUGAGGAUUACGGCUCGAAUGUGGACUCGACUGCUGCCCUAGACAUUGGGAAUACUGCUCGACGUUUGGUGAUGCAAAUACGGAGAAGCAAAGGACUGCCUUGUGGUGAAAAGCUUGUGGUUGAUGCUGAGAAACAACGUAACCUUACCAAAAUGAAGUGA